AUGACUCACCUUGUGACGGAUUCUUGGAUCGAUCAAGGCGAAUACCGCACUGUAUCCGAAUUCCUCAAGGACGACAAGGGCCAUGUGUACUCUAUUUGGCCUCGUGGUCAACUCCCGGCUUCACGUCUUACGUCCGUUGGUUUCACCGAAACAACCUUGGAUGCAUCGGACUUCGGUCGCAUGCGGGCCAUCACUGGUGCCCGUCGCAACAUUAUUACAAGCCACUACGCACGCACACCAUCCCCCGCCCCCACCUCUACUCCACCAGUUCGCCUUCAAGCUGCCACACUGGCCCUUCCCCAUGGUUUUGCACUACCCCCCGGCAUGAACUUUGAGGCCUUCUUGGGAACUCUUCUCGAAAAGCACCAGCAGGAGAACGGUGGUAAGUCUCCUACAGUAGCUUCCCGUAUAAAUCCCCCGUGCCCUCACUUUCAAAUCCUCAAUACUGGACCUCCCAAUAUUAUUCGCAAACCAUUCCCAGUUCCAAUGCAACCAAAUACGUCAUCUCCCGUUCCACCUGUUCCACGAACCACGUCGGCCAAAGUGUCACCUGCGAAUAGUCAGAAUGAUGACACUCCACAUGGUAUGAAGAAAGCUGCCGAACUUGCUCACGAUCCUAUUACCGAAUACCCCAGUACCGAAGAAGAGCAGGAAACAGAGGAAGAAGAAGACACCAAGCUCCCAGCGGAAGCGAACCAACCCUCCACUUAA